AUGGGCAUCAAAAGAACCAGCACGUUGUCCUCUACCACCCUCACAUCUCAUCCGCUACCAACCGCCUUCUGGAUUGACGAAAAAAGCAAGAAAUUGGCCGAUUUUUACCCAAAAUCUCCAUAUCUCGUUCGGGCGAUUUUGAGCACCAUUUGCUUCGAUCCAGAACAGCAGCUCCUCCCAUUUGUUACUGUUCAUCGCACCAGUUUUUGGGCUGCCAUCGCCUCCUCCGGCCACCCCAAGCGACGACAUGGAUAUCAAAAGAACCAGCACGUUGUCCUCUACCACCCUCACAUCUCAGCCGCUGCCAACCGUCGUCUGGAUCACCGAAAAAAGCAAGAAAUUGGCCGGUUUUUACCCAAAAUCUCCAUUGCUCGUUCGGGCGAUUCCGAGCACCAUUUUCUUCGAUCCAAGUAUGAUUUUUCAACCUCUCGAGUUGUUCUUGCUGCUAGUUGUGUUGGUUAG